AUGGAGACCACCCCGUUAAAUUCCCAGAAGGAGCUAUCAGCUUAUAAGGAUGGAGAAGAUUGUCAGGAAAAUGGGGUUCUACAGAAAGGUGUCCCUGCCCCUGGGGAUAAGGCAGAGUCUGGCCAGAUAUCCAACGGGUACUCGGCGGUUCCGAACCCUGGCGCAGGAGACGACACUCAGCACUCCAUCCCGGCUGCCACCACCGCCCUAGUGGCUGAGGUUCACCCAGCAGAGCGGGAGACCUGGGGCAAGAAGGUGGAUUUCCUCCUCUCUGUCAUUGGCUAUGCUGUGGACCUGGGCAACGUCUGGCGCUUUCCCUACAUUUGUUACCAGAAUGGAGGGGGAGCAUUCCUCCUCCCCUACACUAUCAUGGCCAUUUUUGGGGGGAUCCCGCUCUUCUACAUGGAGCUCGCACUGGGGCAGUACCACCGAAAUGGAUGCAUUUCGAUAUGGACGAAAAUCUGCCCAAUUUUCAAAGGGAUAGGUUGCGCCAUCUGCCUCAUCGCCUUCUACAUCGCCUCCUACUACAACACCAUCAUGGCCUGGGCCCUCUACUACCUCGCCUCCUCCUUCACGGAGCAGCUGCCCUGGACCAGCUGCGAGAACUCCUGGAACACGGGCAACUGCACCAACUACUUCUCCGAGGAUAACAUCACCUGGAUGCUCCACUCAACAUCCCCUGCGGAAGAAUUUUACACGCGGCACGUCCUGCAGAUCCACCGGUCAAAGGGGCUCCAGGACCUGGGGGGCCUCAGUUGGCAGCUUGUCCUGUGCAUCAUGUUCAUCUUCACUAUCAUCUACUUUAGCAUCUGGAAAGGUGUCAAAACAUCUGGCAAGGUGGUUUGGGUGACAGCCACUUUCCCUUACAUCAUUCUUUUGAUCCUGCUGGUGAGGGGGGCCACCCUCCCUGGAGCCUGGAGGGGAGUUCUCUUCUAUUUGAAACCCAACUGGCAGAAACUCCUAGAGACGGGGGUGUGGGUGGAUGCGGCCGCCCAGAUCUUCUUCUCUCUCGGCCCUGGCUUUGGGGUCCUACUGGCUUUUGCGAGCUACAACAAAUUCCACAACAACUGUUACCAAGAUGCCCUGGUGACCAGUGCGGUGAACUGCAUGACGAGCUUCGUUUCAGGAUUUGUCAUCUUCACGGUGCUGGGGUAUAUGGCUGAGAUGAGGAAAGAAGAUGUGUCCGAGGUGGCCAAAGAUGUAGGCCCCAGCCUCCUGUUCAUCACAUACGCAGAAGCCAUAGCCAACAUGCCGGCAUCCACAUUCUUUGCCAUCGUCUUCUUCCUGAUGUUAAUCACCCUGGGCUUGGACAGCACGUUUGCAGGCUUGGAGGGGGUGAUCACAGCUGUGCUGGAUGAGUUUCCACACGUCUGGGCCAAGCGCCGGGAGUGGUUUGUGCUUGGCGUGGUCAUUACCUGCUUCUUUGGAUCCCUGGUCACCUUGACUUUUGGCGGGGCCUACGUGGUGAAGCUGUUGGAGGAGUUUGCCACGGGACCUGCAGUGCUCACCGUGGCCCUGAUGGAAGCAGUUGCUGUGUUUUGGUUCUACGGCAUCAAUCAGUUCUGCAGUGAUGUGAAGGAAAUGCUUGGUUUCAGCCCUGGAUGGUUUUGGAAGAUCUGCUGGGCAGCCAUCAGCCCUCUGUUUCUCCUGUUCAUCAUCUGCAGUUUUUUGAUGAGCCCACCACAGCUACGACUUUUCCAGUAUGAUUAUCCUCGGUGGAGCAUCAUCCUGGGUUACUGCAUAGGAACCUCAUCUUUCAUCUGCAUCCCGACAUAUAUAACUUAUCGGCUGAUUGUCACUCCAGGGACACUUAAGGAGCGUAUUAUUAAAGGUAUCACCCCAGAAACACCGACAGAAAUUCCCUGUGGGGACAUCCGCUUGAAUGCUGUGUAAAACAUCAACAAAAGGAAGAUGACUUCCCAAUAACCUCUUCUUCCAGUCCUGACAAGUCACACAUCGCCUUCUCCCUCUAAGUCAAUGAGUUUCCGG